AUGAUUCUGGCGAGUGGUUUCUCUGUUAUGAUGGCGCCUGUCGCUGGAAUCCAGGUCUCGGCGGUGCUAGUGCGGCGCUGUUCAACCCCAGUGGCCCCGUCGUGUGGACAGGGAGGGUCCCACUAUAUGCCGAGCAGUGCUGAGACGAACAACACGUCAGACUACGCGGCAUUACUUCUUCGUGUACGGACUGCCGCGGACAAUGGACUGAAGAAGUUACGGGUGAAAGGUGACAGCACCCUGGUCAUCCGCCAAGUUUGUGGGAUUUUUGCGACGCGCCGCACCCGGCUGCGGCGUCUGUGGGACGCGGUGAAGGGUGAGGUCGCGUGA